CCUAUACUCCGACGAAUAUUACGGGAGCGUAUUAUGCACGAGUGUGUCAAGAAACUUUUGGGCAACGUGGAGAACCCAGAAGAAGAAGAAAUCGAGUCGCUGUGCAAGAUGAAUGUUUACUUUGACCGCAUGAAGCAAUUGGCGAAGAGUACCAAUGUCAACUCCCGUAUGCAAUUUAUGUUACAGGUAUGAUAAAACCUCGGUUUCAUUCUGGAAUAAUCUUCUGAUGCGUUUUCAGGAUGUUAUUGAGCUCCGUGAGCGGAAAUGGCAGCAGGGGAACGCCGUCGCUGCACCUACUACGAUCGGCCCGGCAAAUGAACACUGGUAUGUCUCGCACUGGUUCGCGUCGUGGCGGAGAUAGAAACGACCACCAAGCCAAAGUCGGAGAUUUGUCCAAGUUCGGACAAAUUAGCAAGGGCGCACCAAUGACGUUUGGGCCCAGUAGCGUAUUUGCGGGCAAGAAAGAGAGCAAGCGCGAGUCACUUUCGAGGACGAACUCCAAUGCGAACAUGUUCCAAAUGCUCCAAAACGUUGAGGCUGCUGAAAUAUAGCCUGAAAGGAGAAUCAAUGGUCAUAAAACUGAUACGAAUGACAUACCCUGACUGCGCGCAUCGGUCAAUCCGACUUUGUAACUUACUCCUCCAUCAAAUGUUGUUCAGUGCUUUUGUUGAUUCCGAGUCAGUAGGAUUCAGUGCCUUCAGUGUACAAUUGCUAAUUUUUCCAAAACUCGGUCCAAGUCCCCGUGUCCAUCUUCUGCGACGGUCAUUGUUUUGGUGAUAGCUAUCGCUCUGGUCCUGAAUCUUGAAUUAGUUAGCCAGCAAUAUUGUAGGCACAUUUAACGGUUCGGUUCGCGG